CUCCGGCGUGUCCUUUGUAUCCGUGUCCACACAAAGGCAGACGAAAUGUCGACAAAGGACGACCUGAGAAUAGACUACACCCAACCUCUCGCAACGCUCCUCAAGCUCGCAACAAGUGCCGCGCACGAGAGUGCAGAGCAUUCCCAGGGCGCCGGGUGGCUUACCCGUGGAGAGCUCGACAAGGAGGAAUACGUCCGUUUCCUCAUGAUGCUCUACCACGUCUACGACACGUUAGAAACCGCGUUAGAGCGACACAGCUCGCACCCUGUUCUUGCACCGACGUAUAACCCCGCGCUCCUUGCGCGUGCACCAAGUCUUGCAGCAGACAUUGCUUACUUACUUGACGUCCCGGAGACGUCCUGGGUCGAGCACACCAUUCACCAAGAACUCCAACGCUCGCCACCAGAACCCUUCGAGUCAUACGUCUCGCGCCUAAAGUAUCUUGCCUACGAAGCGCCCGAUCCUUCCCCGCUACUCGCACACGCGUACGUACGGUACCUCGGCGAUCUAAGUGGCGGACAGACAAUCCGACGGAACAUCGCCAAGGCGUACGGCGUUGACCACGAGCUCAGCAGCAGCAGUAAAGGGGACAGUCGCGGCACACAGUUUUACGAAUUUCGGCAGCUGGGGAGUAGUAAGCCUGCGAGUAUAGGUGACAUGAAGAAGAUCAAGGAAUGGUUCCGUGCCGGUAUGAAUCAAGGAGGUGGCGAUGAUGCUGCGAAGAAACAGGCUAUUGCGGAAGAGGCGGUGUAUGCAUUUGAGCUGAAUGAGGGACUCUUCACGCUUUUGCGACCCCCUUCGACCAAAUCGGCGUCUCAAGCGCCAGCGGCUGCACCGCUCGGGAACCCUUCCGACUCGCCGCCUUUGUCCACUGCUCCUUCUCAGGCAAACAUGAACGGGAAUGGCAAUGCACACGCAAAUGGACAUGCUAGCGCUAAUGGACAUGCUAACGUUAAUGGAGAAGCGAAAUACUCGCCACUCAUGCUCCAACCUCCACCUGAGCCUGAAGAAAGCGCAUACUCGCUUUCGACCAUCUUGACUGUUAUUAUGGCUGUUGGACUUGCGCAUUUUGUACUCGUCACUGGAGGAUUCACGGGUGCGAAGGGAUUUGGGAAGCUCGAGACCGCGUUAGAAUGGUUUGGAGAUAGAAUGCAUUCCGUCUUUGGUUGAUCGAUGCGGCGAGCAUUGCAUAGCAUUAAUGCGUGUAUAUGCUGUGCGAACGUUUGAUGUAGAUUUAUUUUUGGGUUCUCUCGUCUGGAAUCUGGUUACUCGUUCUUUCAUUCUUUUCUGCUCUCCUUAACCCGCAUACCUAGUCUUAUCCUCACUUGUCAUGACAUACCACCUCCGACCUGCAUGUACGCAUUGUAUUAUUUGUAAUGAAAC